ACCGUGGCUCCGCCCCCGAGAUUGUCGCGCCCACAGCCUCGCCUCCCAUGGAUCCUCUCGCCUCUGCAUCUCGCCAUUGUUGCCGCCAUUCUCGCGCCCGUGCCCCUCCAUUCUCGCCUCCGCCCCCGGAUCCUCUCGCCCCCGCGACCUUCGAUGGAAGCCCGCAAUCUGCGCCCUUCCAUCGCCGCAAUGCAUCGAUCCCAUUCCAUUUUGCGAGAAGGGCGGGCGCGUGCAGGGCUUCGCAAUGGCUGACGGUUCAAUUGGAAGAUCAACCACAGGGAGUAGGACUCCUAAAUGAGCCGCCAACUGUUCUUCUCCUUCCCAAUCAUCGGCAAUCCCACACGCUCUGGUGGCUAAGGCUGCGGGAUUCCCAGGUGCAGCGUGCUGGGGUCGCCCAGGCACGGAGUCGGCCACCACGCAGCAGCCGUCGCCCCUCCACCUCGUUGUCGUCCGUCCAUGGUACACCUCGCCCGCGGCCAUCAUCCCUACACUAGUACCAGCGCGUGUAUCGAGUUACAGUUCUCUCUGUUUUCUUCUGAAGAGUGAGCAAAGGAUGCACACGCUGGUACUGUGGUAUGUGCUGAUCGAUUAACUGUAAUGAGCCUGUGUUGAUCCAUUUUCUUCCUACGAAGGGUGAUAGAAGAUGCAGAGGAGAGGGGUUGGCCCUCUUUGCUAUUUAGAGAGGUUACAGGCUCAUUGCAGUUAUGCCGACUAAAUACUCGCUUGUCAUGCAGAUCUUGUUGUGGUUCAUGAGCACUGAGCUAUACUUCAACUUAACUGGUAUGAUUAGUUGAAAGAAAGGUACAACAUCACCUUACGUGUUGAAUUGCCUUGAUUAAGAAAUUUAUGGGUAGCCUUCCGUGUGUGUAUGUGUGUGCAGAUUCAGCCCUUGGCUUUCUGGGCAUGUUUGACAAAGUUGAAUAGCUAUGAAACCGAAAACAACUGCCAAAUGUACAUGUUCUGAAUCAAGUUAUGAUGCUAAUGUCUCAGCGAAUGUACAUGUUCUGAAUCAAGCAAUGGCGAAUUUUGAAGCCCACUUUAGAUUAAUCGGUAUAUAUGGAUACAGUAGCAUGUGUUCAAAUGAUGCUUAUUUCUCAACGAAUAGUAGCAAUCAUUGGUCAGGACAUGUAGCUUAAUGCUAUCUUGUUGUUAUUACAUGGGUGUCGUAACACCUUGCCGACUGUUCAUAAACGCAGGACCUGAGAUCUAGAAGGACACAACAGGCAAGGUGGAUGUAUUCGUAGCUGGUUCAGGCACAGAAGGCAUAGUUUAUUGUUUCUUUUACAUUCAGUUUACUGCUUCUUAAGGAAUUAUUCAACUAGGAACAUGUACUGAAUAUGGGAUUCAGGUUGAAAUAAAGCGUAUAUUUUCUGUUUGUUGGUGAAUGUAAAUGAAGAUAAA